AUGAGUGUGACACUAAACGAAGAGGCUGUGUACAAAUCCAUAUACACUGAUGAAGAUGUGUAUACAAUGUUUGGAAAGGAGGUCUGUCUAGUAAUUGAUAUCGCGUUGGCUAAGGGUGGCCCAGAAUCGAUUGUAGAGUCUUAUUACUCAACAACGAAAUCCCAACAGCAACCUCCAGGUCAAAGUAACGACACUUUGUCACUCCGUACCAAGCUGAACUGGUGUCUACCGAAUGUCGUGCAGGAAGACAGGAUGAUCAAAGAGGUUGCAAAUCUCUACAUCAAUGGUGACAAGAAGAAAGGGCUAAAAAAACACAAAGCUCCUGUGCUUUGUGAGCGACCACCUACUGGUCCUACAGGCGGCAACACCAGUAAAGUGAUCAAAAGAAUAGAGAAAAGUGACGCUAGGUUACCAUUUCUAUUAUGA